GCACAACAAUUUUUUUUUUUUUUCUUUUUUACAAAUUUUUAGAAUUUUUCCGAUCCGGUUUUUGACGCCAAAAUUAUUAUUUGGAUUUUUUUUUUUUUUUGGUAAGUCACCAAAAGACGGAGACACAGAACAGAGAAGAAAGAAAGGAAGUUAGAGAGAGAGAGAGAGAAUCGCAAAGUUCUUAAGGGAGAAAAAAUUUAGAAAAGAAAGAUGAAGAUCACGGCGUUGCUGGUUCUCAAGUGCAACCCGGACGGAUCCGACCCGGUUUUCCUUGCGAAUGCUUUGGAUGUCAGCCACUUCGGCUACUUUCAGAGGUCCAGCGUCAAGGAAUUCAUCUUCUUCGUCGGUCGCACCGUCGCCAAACGCACUCCUCCUUCUCAGCGACAGUCCGUCCAGCAUGAAGAGUAUAAGGUGCAUUCGUACAACAGAGAUGGCCUCUGUGCGGUGGGAUUUAUGGAUGAUAACUACCCUGUUCGAAGUGCAUUCUCUUUGCUCAACCAGGUUUUAGAUGAGUACCAGAAAGCUUUUGGUGAGUCAUGGAGGGCUGCACAAGCAGAUGGCAAUCAACCAUGGCCCUACUUGAAUGAUGCUCUGACUAAGUUCCAGGACCCUGCAGAGGCAGAUAAGUUGUUGAAAAUACAGAGAGAAUUGGAUGAAACAAAAAUUAUCCUUCAUAAGACUAUUGAUAGUGUGCUUGCACGAGGUGAGAAAUUGGACAGUUUAGUGGAGAAGAGUUCAGAUCUCAGUGCAGCAUCACAGAUGUUCUACAAGCAGGCUAAGAAGACCAAUCAGUGUUGUACCAUAUUGUAAGCACCCAAAUUGAGCAGCAAUCUUGUAAUGGAAUUCCCCUGUACGGUGUCAGAGAUGACAGAUGGAAAAUAUGGUGAUUGUUAUAUGUUAAUAUGAUUUAUCAAUUGUUUGGUUUGAAAAAUUAUGUGGAUUUUCAUCUUUUGUUAUGGACCAAAGAUAGAAGUGAGACCGCAUAUUAUGACAGAAUGAUCCUGCUAUUAUAGAAUUGAUAUGGCUUCUUGUUGACAAGAUUCAA